UCAACGAAACCUAACAUUUUGAAGGUAGAUUCUUCACGUGGUGGUACAGUUAUCAAAUACUUAAAUACAGGAAAUUUAUGUCCUCUUUAAACAUUAACUAUCUUUUUUCGAAAUGUUCAUUAAAAUGUAAAUUAAUUGAAUAAAAACUUAAACUAUUACCGGUACAUACAUAUGUUACUUCGAUUACCUAUUGACUGUGUUGUUAUUAUAGUAUUUAUUGAACGUAGAACAUUCUAAGAGAAAAAAUGGUUCUUCUUACGACUUUAGCGAAAAUCGACGUCAAAUUAAUCGCACCACUUCUCGCUGCGGUACAGAUUUUAAUAAUAACUACGUCUGAGAACUUCAAAUAUCAAAAUUAUCCACCUCAAGCUAAUUGUACUGAUGGAGAUAGUUUCGACUUUAUAAUAAUAGGUGGCGGAGGUGCUGGCUGCGUAAUUGCCAACCGGCUGACUGAGAUCUCGAAUUGGUCAGUUCUCGUUAUUGAAGCUGGAGAAGAUCCGCCUUCUGCAUCUGAUAGCCCAGGAAUUUCAACACUAGUAGCACCCAAACUACCACGGUGGGAAUUUUUUUCUACGGAUGAUCAAUACUCAAGUCAAGCGCUGCAGUCGAAGAAAAUACUUUAUACUCAAGGAAAGAUGACAGGUGGAUCGACUGGCUUAAACUUUAUGUAUUACGUCAAAGGCAAUGACAAAGACUUCGGUGAAUGGGUCGACAAAGGUAAUAAGAAUUGGGAUGCGGAAAUGGCACGCAAAUAUUAUUACAAAUCCGAAAGAUUUACAGACAACGAAAUACUUGGCAGUGAAACAGGUCCACUGCAUAACACAAAAGGAUAUCUAGGAGUUACUAAAUAUGACUGGCAGAAAGAAACUGAGGAAUUAUUUAGCGCGUUGAAGCAAAACGGUCGUAAGAUUCUACAAGACACCAAUGGUAACGAGCAAAUCGGAUACUCACUACCUCAAUUUUCAAUAGCCGAUAAGCUAAGACAGAGUUCUAUUGUAUCCUACAUUAGACCGGUAAAUAGGCCAAAUCUUUCAAUACUUAGAAGAAACUAUGUCAGUAAAAUAACGAUUGCUGGCGACGUUGCUACUGGUGUAGAAGUUACUGACAAGGAUGGUAAUGUUAAAAAACUAAAAGCAAAAAAAGAAGUAAUUUUAUCAGCAGGAGCAAUAAAAAGUCCACAAGUACUCAUGGUAUCUGGUAUAGGACCUAAAGACGAGUUACAAAAACACAAUAUUCCACUAGUAAUUGACUCCCCACACGUCGGUGCUAACUUUCAUGAUCAUUCGAUAAUUCCUAUUAUGAUUUCUGGAAAGAAAGAAUUCUUAUUAAAGCCCUAUUUAAGUGAUUUAGAAGUCCUUAGUAAACUAGAUGAAUUUCCAAAACCUUGCGUCAUGGGAUUUGAAGCCUUAGAUAAGAAUGACACACAGCCACAAUAUCAAGUAAUAGCUUUUCCUUUCCCACAUGGCAGUUUGUUCAGCACACUUAUGUGUGACGAAGUAUUUAGAUGGAAGCAAAACAUUUGUGAAAAAAUAGCUGAAGCAUCUCAUCAUGAUGUGUUAUUUGCGCUUAUCGUAUUAUUACACCCUAAGUCUCGGGGAAAUGUGCGUAUUAAAAGUAAUAAUCCAGAAGAUAAUCCCGUAAUCACAACAAACUAUUUCGCUGAUAAGGAAGAUAUUAAAACUUUUGCACGUUCUGUCGAAGAUUUCGUGUCUAUAGUCAACACACCCGUUUUCAAAGACAGUUCUAUGAAAGUUGCUGAUCUGGACGUGGAGCAAUGUAAACUAAUACCAUUUGCAUCGCCAAAGUACUGGGAAUGUUAUGUUUUGAACAUGGCGUCUACACUUUACCAUCCAGUUGGUACAUGCGCAAUGGGUCCAAAAGGCGUAGUAGACGAAGAUCUUCUCGUGCGAGGUUUGAAUAAUUUACGGGUGGUAGACGCAAGCGUUAUGCCAACGAUAGUAAGUGGAAAUACCUAUGCAACUGUUGCUAUGAUAGCGGAAAGGGCCGCGGAUAUAAUAAAGUCAAAGCAUAACACAUAGAGGUAGUUAUUUUAUAAUUAAUAUAAAUGUAUUUUUCUUAUCAAUCAAUCUAUUUUAUAAAGCAAUCGUAAUAUUGUUAUUAAUAGAUGCACUAUGCAACACUGUUAACGUCUGUAAUCCAUAGUAUUUAUUUAUAGCAAUAUAGAUUAUAUUGUGAAAUAUUUAUCAAAAAUAAAUAAAUAUGGUUUGUUUAUUUUUUGUUAGGUAUUAUUUAUUUUCGGGGCGUUUGUUACGCGGCCUUAUAUCAUGGUACUUGAAGCCUAGCGACAAUUUCGCAAUGUACUGGAAUUACACAUGCCUCACGUUGCACGGUGUCAGAAUUUAUUGCCUCGUAAACUCAUUUUUUUUACAUACUGUCUUUGCAUUUCAAUUCUUAACAUCGUAUUUUUUUUAAUAAUAAUAAAGUCUUUAUUCAUUUUAU